AUGGACUCGUUGGUGGCCCAGUACAGUCGGCCGGCGUACGCAGAGGAGGGCCAAACAGCAGACGAACAGCUCGAGCUUCACAGUGGCAUGCCCGAACUGUCCCUCAAGUUUGCCCUGCCACCCGUCGCCCAGUCGGCAUCGUGGCUGCGAGCCAUGACAGACGACUACUCCAACCCCAACUGCCCCAUCAAAAUCGCCCACGGUACCACGACGCUCGCCUUCCGCUUCAAGGGAGGCAUCAUCGUUGCCACCGACUCGCGCGCCACGGCCGGCAAUUGGAUUGCUAGCCAGACAGUCAAGAAGGUAAUUGAGAUCAACAACUGCCUACUGGGCACCAUGGCUGGUGGUGCCGCCGACUGCCAGUACUGGCUCGCCUAUCUCGGUAUGCAAUGUCGCCUGCACGAGCUCCGCCACAAGCGCCGCAUCUCCGUCGCCGCCGCCUCCAAGAUCCUCGCCAACCUCGUCUACUCGUACAAGGGCAUGGGCCUGAGCAUGGGCACCAUGUGCGCGGGCGUCACCCCUCAGGAAGGCCCCGCUCUGUACUACAUCGACAGCGACGGUACCCGUCUCGCCGGCAACCUCUUCUGCGUAGGCUCCGGCCAGACGUUUGCAUACGGUGUUCUCGAUGCCUCAUACAAGUAUGAUUUGGAGGAUGAUGAGGCCCUCGAGCUGGGUCGACGGAGUAUCCUGGCCGCCACACACAGAGAUGCAUAUUCGGGUGGUUUCAUCAACUUGUACCAUGUCAAGGAGGAUGGGUGGGUCAAGCAUGGCUUCAACGACACAAAUCCCAUCUUUUGGGACACCAAAUUGAACAAGGGCGAGUUCUCCAACGUCACCAGCGAACUCGAGUAG